CAUCACAAGGUUUGCCUUCAAUUAAUUAUUGUCAAUUAAUUGUUUUUAGCUGUUGUAAUUUUUUAAAUAUUAGAUAAUUAGUUAAUCUUCUCUUCUAUGAUCAAUUAAAUUUUGGAAGAAAAGAAAUGAUUUUUGAUCUCUUUUUGUUUGUGUUUUAUGUUGUUGACAUGAAAACCAAUUUUCAAUUUCCAAUCAGUGAUUUAAUGAUUAAAACAAUUGUCAACAACCUUGCCAAUGAAAUCUAAUAUUUUUGUGUUUCUAUUAAAACAAUAACAACCCAUUUUUACAAAUAGUAACACAAUUAAUCAAAGUGAUUAUAUUGAUUAACUAAUUGGUCAACAAUAGCAAAGGACAAAAGUGACAAUCUCACCACUCAAUUGAAAAAGUCCAACAAAACAUCAACAAAACAUCAACAUAAAUAUCAAACUUGUGCUUGUCAUCAUUACUUUUUUUACUUUAAUUUUUCUCUCUCUCCUGUGGACCUAAUUUUCACACCAACCUACAAACUACAAUUCUGAUCACUUAAUUUACCUUUGGUUGUUUUCAUUUCCAUCAAUUGUCCGGGGACGUUGCGGAUGAUUACUGUCCUUGCUGUCAACUCAAUUAUCACCAUAAUCAGUUUGUGACCUGUGAUAAAGUUAUUUGAGAGUCAAAGGUGAUACUUUUCGUUGACAUUGACCGAGAGAGUGGGAAAAGUAAACGGAGUCCAAAAAAUUGUCCAUUUUGAGAUCUUAAUAUUUUGUUAUUAAUCUACAAACUGAUUUGGUGAUAAACCAGAAUCAUGUCUCAUUUAUCACCCAACGGAACAAAUCAAUGUCGUGUUAUUUAUGAUUUCCAGGCUCAACCAGGAACCGGAGAAUUGGAUAUUUAUGCAAAUGAGGUAUUGACCGUUUUACGUCAAGAUGUUGGUGAAGGCUGGUGGGAAGGGUGUAACAGUCGUGGUGAACAGGGUCUAUUUCCUGCUGGUUAUGUUGAAUUAAUCCAAUCAACUGCUAAUUCAACGAGUAAUGAUUUUUUCUCCUCUGUUACAUCUCCCACCUUAACAUCUUCCUCUGUGCCACCCUCAUUUAAUCCUCCAGUUCCCAAUUUUCCACCUCCAACUGGACCAACCAAUGUAACUCAAAUACAGGAAAACAAUUAUGAUCAAGGUGAUGAUUGGGGUGAUGAAGAUUGGGAUGAUGAUGAUAGUCAAGGAUCAACGGGUGGAGAUACAAUCGGAGCUGGUGCUGGUAGUGGUUCAGGUUAUACGGGUGGAUCUCAUCAAGCUCGAGAAAGUACACUUUCUCUUGCAAGCGGUAAAUCACAAUUACCUGUUAAAAAGAGUAUCAAUCGUUUCUCUACUUUCGUUAAAUCGGGCGGUGAAGAUUUUAUUCUUGGAUCAAAGACUCGAAAGGUUCCUUGUGAUGCUUAUAUUUACAUUAUCGAAACCUCAUCCAAUGAGAUUAUGUGGGCACCCGCUAAAUCAGAAUAUCAAUGCACCAUUACAGCUCCGAAAAAGGAAUCAAAGUUAAAAGGCCUUAAAACAUAUACCGCUUAUAAAUUGACUCCAAGUUUUAACAAUAUUAUGGUUAGUCGGCGAUAUAAACAUUUCGAUUGGCUUUAUGGUUGUUUAACCGAUAAAUUCAUGGCCAUUCCGAUUCCUUGGUUACCCGCUAAACAGAUCUCUGGACGAUUUUCCGAGGAAUUUAUUGAACAUCGUAAAAUUCAAUUACAAAUGUGGGUUAAUCGUAUUUGUCGACAUCCAGUGAUAUCUCAAUGUGAUGUUUGGAUGCAUUUUAUCACUUGUACGGAUGAUAAAAAACGCUGGAAAACGGGCAAAAGACGUGCAGAGAAGGAUGAAUUCACGGGCGGAUCAUUUUUCUACACUCUUCAACCUCCUUCGGUUCCUUUGGAAGUGACCUUUGUCGAAUCGCGAACCGAAUCAUUUGGAAAAUUCAUCAAAAAAAUGGAUGACUCAAUACAAUUCAUGUCAGCGGUUGUUGAUGAUCAAUGUCGAAAAUAUUCUGGCGCUUAUAAGAAAGAGAUGCAAAAAAUCAGUACAGCUUUUAAUUCAAUUGCAUCAGCCUACGAUUCAACCGAUUACAUUGAUCAUCAAUUAAAUGAAGCCAUUAGAGGGACUGGUGAUUCUUUCGAUAAAAUUGCCAAAAUGUACGAAGAACAACCCAAAUACGAUUUUGAGCCUUUAGCUUACGUUCUUCACGAAUACAAAGGUGCACUUUCCGCUUGGCCUGAGAUUUUGGACCUAAACAAACAAGCGUUAGGCCGUAAAAAGGAUUACAUUAAACUACGAGAUGAGGGUAAAGCCGAAGACAAAGUGGUCGAAUCGGUUUCCCAAAGAGCCGAUGUUGUCGCUUAUGCCGUUCUGGCGGAAAUCAACCACUUCCAGAAAGAACGAGUCUUAGAUUCAAAGGAAAUGAUGAAGAGCUUUGUCAGUGCACAAUUAAACUUUUAUCAAAGAAUCGUAAACGAAUUAACUGAAACCUUAAAGAUGUUCGAUUGAAGGAAAACCAUUAAGUGUCCACCAUGGAAAAGAAUAAUUUUAUACAACUAAUUAGAGAAUUAAAAUAAUAUCAUCAUCAUCAUUAAGUGAAAGAAAAAGUGCCUCUUUUAAUGGAUAACAAUUAACAAAUGAUUACUUUUAAAAGCUAAAAUUUAUUAUUAUGAUUGUAACAAUCAAAUCUUAUCCGAUCAUCUUUUCACCUUUACCUGCACUUUUGCCUUGAAACAAUCACAAUUUACACCGAUGCACAUAAAUUUGUAUUAUUUUACACUUUAAUUAUUUAACAUUUACAAUGGAUCAUCAUCAACAAUCAAAUCAACUUUUCAACAAGAACAACAUUGUUUUUAUCCUGGUAUAUAAUCAACUGUAAACUAAUUAACAUCAACAAACAAAAUUGAAUCAAGUGAAAACAAAAAGAGUCCAACAAUCAAUUAUAUGCUCAACAAAACAAAUACAUUACGAUGAAAAGCCCAAGUGAAAAUUAAUUAUAAUUAUUAAUAUUUUCCAAUCUAAUUUAAUCAUCUUUUUAAUUCUCUGUUCCCAUUUUCUUGUCAUUUUUAUGUUCAUUGCGAUUCCAUGAAUUUCCCCUUUGUAAUUGAUUAUUUUUUUUAACCAUCAACCAUUUGAAUCCAUUAAGAAAAAUGAAACUAUCCAAAGAUAUUUACGAUUACAUAUAAACGGAUCAACAAUCAAUUAAUUGUAAUAACAAAUCAACAUAAACAUGUCCUCAUUUUUGUCUUAAUUAAUUGCGAACAACAAAUUAGUCCAUUGAAAAUCAUUCUCACUUUUUUUUUGUCUUAAUCAUAAUCAAAUUUUUACCAUAAAACAACAAAGUAUUUUUAAUUUACCUUAA